UAUCCGAAGAUGACCACGUUAUAAAGAUCGAAGCACUGAAAACCUACUGUCUGAAGUUUCUAUUUUUUGCAAUGCAAUGCCAGGAAACAAAACUAUACAGAAACAUUGAAAAUCAUUUGCUCUGAAUAUACGUGAACAUUUAAUUGUACUGUGCAUGCAUUUAUCUGAUGGAAUGUUAUAUAUUUUCAUAUAGAAAUCUCGAAGGGUAUUAAUUAAUAGCGCGGAAAAGCGCAUAGAUUGAUAGUUAUACGUGACACGAUGGUUUUUGAUAGUUACGCCUUUGCGGAAAUAAGUACAAUUAUUAGGUAUCAUUAUGUGAAAGAAGUGCGAUUAUUCAGUCCUCUUAGAAAUUAAGAACUGAUGCCAAUAAAAAUAUGUAGUGGUGAUAAAAUAUUCAAUAAACAUAAUGGUUCCUAUACUUUCCCUGUGCAAGUCAUAACUGAUUAGAUAAACUGAGGAUGAGAUGAGUAUUUAUCAAGCUUUUUUAUGUGUUUUAAAUAACCAGAAAAUUGUGUCGGAUACGGCUGUACAGAAAAUAUUUAUUUCCAUAUCAUUCUUUCAAGUAAAUUACAGGCUUGCAUUUAUAAACUCAAAAAUUCUGGGAUGCUUAGUAGGUUUUCGCUUUGUAUGUGAAAAUUAUUUUUUCUCUUGCCUGCGGAUGGAAACUCUAUUGCCGCUUGUGUAUAUAAAGCUAUGAGUAAAUACGUUAUAGGCUAAAAGGUGUUCCGGAUGUGAAAGUUUGUUAAGUUGUGGAAAAUAGGCCUGUGCCCACCAGGAAACAAAUAUCCUUUCUAGAAAAACUUGCACUGUUUAAACAAAAAGUGCUCUGAAGUCACUCCUCCUGCAAUGAACACUCCUUAAGCAAAUUCCACACCUGCUCCAUGUCGCAUUUGUCAGCUAAUGAGGACGCUUCAUGUCUUCUUCUUCUUGUCUGGUUUUGAUGGGAGACGACAUGAAUGCAGAGAACGGAGAAGUGUUUUUUGGGCAGAGAGAGGACGACAUCGAGAUAGAGGCUGGUCUGGGUUUGGAUGAGCCUUUCCUUUGCUCUAGUUCCCCGUACAGCACGACACCAAAGACCCUGGAGGCCUGGGCACUGGACCCCCAAUGUGGUCUGAAGGACAGUGAACCUGAAGAUGUCCUCUCUGCCAUCAACCCAAAUGAUGUCUAUCCCUCCGGACCUCCUGGGGAGGUCUUCUCAGAAACCGACAGUGGUAUCUCAGAAGAUCCAAGCUCUGACAGCCCUCCAAGGGCCUCGGAGCCCCACCAGGCCCCGCCUGCCAUUUACCAGCUGGUGUAUGACAUCAGCAGUCUAAAUAAUCUGAAGACAGAGCCAGAACAACCGAGUAUGGAUGUGAUUUCCAUACAGCUAGACGAGUGGAGCACGCACAUGCUGAUGUCUGAUUCCUGCAUUGUGAAUGAACUGCCCCUGGCACCUACAGCAAAACCUGAUGGUGCCCCAUCCACCAGCCUCAUCUGCAAAGAUGACCAGGACCUGGAGAACCUGCCAUUAUACCCAGACCUCCAUCUUACCGAUGAGGAACAGAAGCUUCUGAAUCAGGAAGGCAUCUCCUUGCCUAAUAACCUGCCCCUCACAAAGGCGGAGGAGCGCAUUCUAAAGAAGGUCAGGCGCAAGAUCCGCAACAAACAGUCGGCUCAGGACAGCCGGCGCAGGAAAAAGGAAUAUAUCGACGGCCUGGAGAGCAGGGCAGCGGCAUGCUCGGUGCAGAACCAGGAGCUGCAGAGGACAGUGGAGCAGCUGGAAAGGCACAAUACAUCCCUCCUGGCCCAGCUGCAAAAGCUGCAAGCCCUGAUCAAGCGAACGGCCACCAAGGCAGCACAGACCAGCACUUGCAUUAUGAUCUUCCUCUUCUCCCUGGCCCUCAUCAUCUUUCCAAGUUACAGUCCUUUCAGCUGGGGUUCCGCGUCAGUGGAGGAGGGAUAUGCGCAAACUGGAGUUAUUUCGAGAAAUAUCUUGACUGACCCCGCCUCCUCUUUGCAAAUAUCAGAAGACGUGGACGCCGCUGACGUUCACGAUGAAAUCCUGUCCAGUUCACCAGACAUGACUCAAUCGGAUACCUUAGAUCGGACUUCUAGUCUACAACAUCAGCCAGUUGAAAGUCUGGAGACAGUCCCUCAAGAAGGUGUGGACCAGGCAGAGAACCAAUCCAGAAACAGUUUGCUUCCGAAUGAGGGACAGACAGACGCAUUGUCUCUGGCUUUGACUUCAGCCGAAGGACCGGGGAGCAGCGAUGCCGAUCCCACGAAACCAGCACAUGCGGACGAGAUGUGAACAAUCUUGUACGAAUAGCUUUGUUCUUCUGGGUUCUUCAUCAGAUGAUUGCUGGCAAUUUGACAGGUUUACUUUUGUAGGCUAUGAUGGUCCUUCUGCUGGUAAGCUUGGUGAGCCACAUAGCGUAUUUGUAUAGCUCCUUUUCUGUUUCGUUAAAUGGAUGAAGGAACAACUAAGUGUCGCCUAUCUGAAGAAUUUUAUCUGCACAAAAACAACUCCAUAGAAUCAUUAUCGCACUCUCUGUGUGCUUAUAAACAUGUGAAUAAAACAGGCAAGCAUAUAUUGAAGGAUUUUUUUUUUGGUUAUGCAUUUAUGAAGAGUGGAACUAUUGUAAAAAUACAGGCCCUUGUUUACGAA